GUGGGAAUAUUGGAGGGAUGUCGGAUUAUAAAAACCGUCGUAUCGGAUGGUAAAAGACAUCAGUUGCAAUCGUGUACUCACUGCAGUUAGCUUACUUCAGCCUACCAAACCCCAAAAAACCAACUCCACCUUCCAAGAUGUACUCCAAAGUUGUGAUCGCCCUCGCCCUGUGCGUUCUGAGCACCGUUUCGGCCGGAGUAGUGCCGGUGGCGGCUCCGUUGGCGGCGGCCGGUGUUAUUGCACCGUACGCCACCUCGUACAAUGCGCACACGGUUAACCACAACAUUGCUGCUCCGUACGUAGCUGCCACACCCGUUGCUGCUCCGGUGGCCGUGGCCAAGUAUGUCGCUGCUCCUGCUGCUGUCGCUCCAGUGGCCAAGUAUGUUGCUGCCCCGGUUCCGGCUGCCUACACCGCCGCGUACAGUGCCGCCGGUCCAGUGUUCCCGGCCGCUGCCUACACGGCCUACAGUGCGGCCACCUACCCGUACCUCUUCUAAUAGGUGCCUGUGAUCCAAGAAAACUUGCCUUUUUGUCUGAAAUAGUCCCCACAAGCGAUAAGUUCUUGUAGAAGUUAUGCAAAAUAUACGUGCGAAAUGUGUAUCUUUUGUUCCCUUAAAACUCUCGAUCGUGUUUCGUAUUUCAUCGUUUUCUAAAGGCUUUUGAGCAGGAGCCACCGGAAAAUCCUUCCGAGAGUGGAGGGCUGUGCUGAGGCAGAUCAAAUAUUUCGUCCAAACGAGCCACCAAAGUUCGUGGAACGAAGCAUUAGCGAAUGCCAAAGAGUCGAUUCUAUACCCGUGGUGUGGUGUAUCGUUGACGUAAAAAGGCCGUCAUUGGGACGAAUCGUCGUUAUGUGUAUUGUGUAAUUUGACGCGCUUUCGCACGUGGGCGACGGCCCGGUAAUCGAUAGCAACGGUCGCUUCGUGUCCGACCAUCUUUCCAGGGUAUGCUUAAAAAAAGACGACGCUCCGGAGACGAAAAAAAGAAAAUGGGAGGUCGUCGCCGGGCGUUUGGUCAAAAUGGCAAGUGUAUCAUUCUCAUUCGGGUUCGUGGAAUGGAUUUAUGCCUGGCACGCUUUCGUGGAGAUGAUUUGCUAUAUACCGCGCAAGAAAAGCAUGGUCACAUCUGGAAUGCUGGAAUGCGCUUCAACGGUGUGCUCUGUGUGUGCUUUUUUUGGCAGUUAAAUCAUCACGUGCUGUCCAACGGUUGGGAAGUUAAUUUUUCUUCUCUCUCGCACAGACGAAAAAGAAUUUUAUUAUAAAUGCACGUGUUUGUGUCCGUUUCGUAGCCGGGUGUCACGUGCCGUUAGCGCAUAACUACCUCCAUUGUAACGGUGGCAUGGCAACAUUAUGAUGGUGCGCGCCUGUGUUACGGCUGUGGUUUACUUAGCAUUCAUUAAGGUGUAAAAUUAUUUAACAUGUUUUACUAAAAUCUCCAAAAGAGAUGCUCCAGAGCAUAGCAUCUCGUCGUAGCUUAUAAUUGAGGAAAAUAUGGAAAAGAAAGUUGGGGAAGCAGCAGCAUUCAUCCUUCCUUCACAGCCGGUUGGAUUUUCAUUUUAAAAUCAUGCCAUCAUGCCUACAAAAACACACACACAUAGACAGACAGACAGACGGAGGAGCGGUUUUGCGCGGAAGUGCUAAGCCGUUGGGUUUUGUGUUUGUAUGUUUUCCACUCCACUCCGACGGUGUAAAGAUAAUUUAUCAUAAUGAACACCGGCGCGAAGAACAUCAUUCCGCGUUACGGAGUUGCUCCCGUUUUCUAGCCCGCCCGAGUUCUAGGAAGACUGUGGUCCGGGUGACGGGGUUGGGCCCAUAAAAAAUGUACGCUGAAGACAGUCGGUAAAGCUGAAAGAUCGUUUCUGUUCAUGCAAUUGUUUGUAUAAUUUUAAAUCUUUUUCCCCCAUUUUCGUGCUCGUGCUUCUCGCGUCCGUUCACGUCAAGGACACGAAGGAGCUGAAAAUAGGACACGACGUUAUGUGUUCUACGCCAACCGCGGAACUUUUUUCGUGUCCUUUUUUUUGGAGGAAGAACUGUUCGCGAGUUUAUCGUGUUCAAAACGUGUUGGGGCAUAGCCAGACCACCCCCGUGACUUGGUCCAGGCGAGGUACAUCCCUCCAAAAAAAAAAAAAAAGAACGGCGACAGAAUCCGCGAGCACAUUGCGCGAAUGUGACAUUUGGCAUCGUGAAUGCCGAAGGAAGAAACAUGCACAGAACAUUCUUCCUGGGGUCGUGCCGCGGGCAACACGGGCGGGAUAAAAUCCGGCAGGCGCGCAUAAUUGAAGUCACCGUUGAGUGUGGGCGCCCAAAAACUAACACAAAAA